CCGGUCCGAUCCGAUCUUCCGACUCGAUGCCGAAUGAUCCUGUCCCUUCGCGGCCAGGCGUUCCAGGCCGCGCGGGCGUUGAGCGAGCAGUCGCGCUUCCGGGAGGCCGAGCCGCUCCUCCGCGCCGCGCUGCGGGCCAUGGGGGGCGCCGAGCAGGCGGCGGUGCCGCCGCAGGCGCGGGCGGAGGUGUGGGCACAUUUGGGCAUUGCGCGCCAGUCUUUGGACGACGUCUCAGGGGCCGUGGAUGCGUACACCGCAGCUGUCGAGUUGGACCCAUCCCUGCACGUGUGCCUCGCGAACCUCGCCACGCUGCACGCCUUCAGGGACGAGAAGGAGCAGGCCUUGGGUUUCAUCGACAGGGCCCUGGCGCUCGAGCCCUCCAGCGCAGUGUACGUGCAGAUCAGGCACGAGCUCCUCCAGGGGGUGCGCCGCGAAGAGCUGCCGCCGCCACCCGACGCUGGCGACCCGGGCGAGUCGAACCACUACUCGUAGCACAUACAAGGCGAACAAUGAGCUGCGCGUCGGGGCCGCGCGUCAUUGAGGUUCUGUGGUUGCCGCUGCGCGUGUGGGAAAUUGCAG